AUGUCUUGGGUUCUUAUUCAGCGAUUGAUAAACUUUAAAAGAGUUAUGUAUAGAAAAAUAAAGCCAACCUAUUGCGCCAAGAUAGUAUAUCUCAGAUUGGAAGGUUUAAAAAUCUCAGAUGCAUUGAUUAGUAUGAUUCUAUGCUUAUGUCCAGAUAUACGCUUUCUUAUUCUUGAUAAAAGUAAGGGUUUCACUAAUAUACCAAUUAUAGAAAUUGCAAGAUUUUCUCCAAAACUACAGCAUCUGAGUUUUAAUUUAUAUAUGUAUCUCACUAAUCGAUGUAUUACUGAAAUUACUCGCUCAUGCUCAAAACUUAAACAUCUUGAGCUUGGUGAUUGCUCAAUUGGUAAUGAAGCUAUCGAGAAGAUAGCCAGCAACUAUACUAAUUUAAAAUAUCUUAGUUUGAAAGGGUGUAGAAGGAUUAGUAAUGAAGUGCUGAAAAAACUUAAUUCAAAAAUUAAAAUCGAAUGUUCAGAUUAUUCCGAUAAUGAAUUCUCCGAUUCUAAUUUACCUUUACUUAUUCCAAUCUUUACUGAUAGACAAAAUAAGAUAGCUAUAACCAGGUCCUUUAGAGACUACUAUUUGAGUCAUACAUCAGAUGAAACAGAUCUUAUUUCUGCAAUUGUUAAUUAUCUCAGAAAGAAUCCUCCAACACGAGUUAUAAAUAAUUAUAUUUAUUACUGA